CUGCUGAUCUAAUAAAGCAGCAUAAAAGAGAAUCAAUCAAAUCAGAAUGUACUUAUUUUGUUAAUAUAUACUGGCCACUUAAAUCACAAGAUUCAUCUAUUACUAAGAUGAAUCUUACACAUUAUAGUCAUUCACUUAAUCCUAAAAUGAUUCAAUUUUCCAAUAUUUAUAAACAGUUACCUUAA